UAGAGCGCGCGUGUGUGUGAGAGAGAGGGAAAGAGAGAUAGUGUGUGGUGGGGGGAAGAGGACAGUUGUUUCCUCCUCAUUUGUGAAUGAUAUUCUGUGAAAGCAAGUCAUCUAUGAUGAGAGGUUAAUAAGGCUUUAGUUUGAUUGAAGUGAACGUUUGUUUUUUUAUUCAGUCAGUCUCAAGUUACCUGUCGGAAAGUAUAUUUUGGGGAAGAGAAAGAGAGAGAGAGAGACGGAGAGAGACAAACGGAAAUAGAGUGAGAGUGAAAGAGAUCGGAUUCUAUUUAUUGUGUUGUUUAUUAAUCUUUAAACUCUUUGUAUUUUCUCAUUAGAAUUUCUAAACCUUAUCAAUUCAUACGUUCGGAUUUCAAAUUAAUCACCAUCAUUAUUGUAAAUAUCAUUAUUAUUAUUAUUACUAUUAUAAUUAUUGUUUUGUUGUUAUUGUUAUAUUAUUAUUAUUAUUAUUAUUAUUAUUAUUAUUAUUAUUAUUAUUAUUAUUAUUAUUAUUAUUAUAGAAUCAUGUUCUUUCAUUAGAUUUCUUUUUGCAAAUUUUAGAAUUUAAUAUCUGAAUUUUCGAAAAAUAUUAUUUAGUGAACCUUAUCAAAAAUUUAAGUUUAAAAUCAAUAUUGAUAAUUUUCUAUUGAAAUUUUAUUGAAAAUUUACUAUUGAUAUUUUUCUCUGAGAGAGAGAGAGAGAGAGAGAGAGAGAGAGAGUAAGAGAGGAAGAAAGAAAAAGUGUAUAUAUAUAUGUAUAUAUAUAUGAUGCAUAAGUUUAUGUGAUGAUCUAUUUUAAAAAAAUAUAUAUGACUUUAUAGUUCUAUGUUUAUAAUUAUAUACACAUAAACAAAGAUAUUUGUGUCAUAUAUAUACAUAUAUAUAUAUAAAUACACGCACACACAUACAUAUAUAAUUAUUAAUGACAUGCACGUAUAUGUAUAUACGUGUAUGUGAAAAAUGUUUAUGCACAUGUAUGAAUAGUUGACAGUUUCAACAUUCUUGGGAGUUUAUGAUCGUGUGUGUUGUGUACGUGUCUGUUUGGGUGGGUGGGUGUGUAUGAAAAUUAUCUAUAUAAUAUAUAUUAUAUCUUAUAUUUGUAUUUAUAUAUAUAUAUAUAUUUAUGUUCAUCUGUGUAUGUAUAUGGUCUUGUUGAUAACAAACCCAUUUGGAUUUCGCACUUAAUUUCAAACAUGGAGUCGGCUAAAUCAUUUAGCAUAGACGCUCUGUUGGCAAAAGAACCCCAAACGAAAAUCUCACUGUAUUCUGCUGGGAACAAAAUGUUAAACAGCAUGAACAACGGCCACAACCAUCAUCUCCACAACAGCAACAAUUUCAACGGUGGAAACAGCAACAACAAUAACAACAACAGUAACAACAGCAGCAACAACAGCAGUAGCAACAAUAACAACAACAUUCACAAUCAUAACAGUAUUUUACUGAAGAGCAACAUCAACAAUGCAGGUAGCAUAUCAAGGGGCAGUUCACCGCGACCCCCUUCAACGGACUCAAGUGCGUCUCGGCUGUCCCCGGCUGUAAGCCCCGAUACAAGUGUGUCACCUCCAAUUACAAUGAGUUUUGUCCCCAAACCCGGAUUGUUAAACUUGCAACAUGCAGCAGGUGUUUUUCAAACACAUCUCCCUCUUACUGGACUGUUCCACGGUGGUCAGCAACUAUUGGCAGCCGCUUAUAAUGGACAUUCGGGUGCUGGCCACCCAGGUCUACCUUUCUUGCCCGGGAGUGCAUUUCACAGCCCUACCGAACAAGCUUUUAAACUUGCACAAAUGCAAGGGGUUUCGUACGACUGGCUUUCAAGGAAUGGAAUGUUUAUGCCACGACUGGUCGACUACACAGGUCAGGGUCAGCCGAACAUUGUUGGUAAGACGCGGAGACCAAGAACAGCAUUUACAAGCCAACAGCUUUUAGAACUUGAACGACAGUUCAAACUCAACAAAUACCUUUCCAGACCAAAACGUUUUGAAGUCGCCACGUCAUUAAUGCUGACGGAAACACAGGUGAAAAUUUGGUUUCAAAAUCGUCGGAUGAAAUGGAAACGAAGCAAAAAAGCAGCCCUUGAAGCUAAAGCUAAAGCAAUCGCUGAUAAAAACGAUGCUAAAAGCGAGAGCAGAUGUGACUCUAAUGGCGGUAAUGCUGACGGAUCAGACGAUCAAGAUGGAAAAGACAGUAUGAUCCCGUUAGUUGUCGAUGACAUUGGACCAGACGACUCGUUGCAACCAGUUGAUGCCAGAAUCAAGAAAAUGGAAUGUGAAUCAAAUGACUCCAAUUUUAAUCGGUUACCCUUGCAUCCACCAUCGGUCGUUUGCAUCAACAGUCCGAAAUCGACAGAAUCGGAGACAUUGAAGACUCCAGCGGCAAGUGUUGCUCAAGUAAUACCCACUGUCCAGUGUAACAUUGUGCAACCAACGAGAGGAUAAUUAUAAUCAUAUUGUUGCUUUACUGUGUUGGAACGCAGAAAAAUAAAUAAAUUAAUAAAUAUAUAAAAUUACAAGUAAAAGAAAAAGCAAAACAAAAUUAAACAUUUUCUUGAAAAGCUAUAGAAAAAGUAAAAUGCAAAAGAAAUGAAUAAACAUUCCUAUCUCCAGCGAACUGUUUGCCUAAAAUGAACACUUUUGCAAGCACAGAGAAAGCAACAAGUCUCACAUUCAUGUGUGUGUACACGUACAUACAGACGUGUGUGCGUGUGUGUGAAUAUGUGUGUGUAUGUGUGUGUGUGUGUGUGUGUGUGUGUGUGUGUGUGUGUGUGUGUGUGUGUGUGUGUGUGUGUGUGUGUGUGUGUGUGUGUAAGAGAAAGAAAAAGAGAGAGAGAGAGAGAGAGAUACUUUAGACAAGAAAUAAUGAUAGGUCUGAUUGAAUUUGCGACUAGAAGAAAGAAUUGAAUAAAGCAAAAAACUGAAAUAACUUCAAGAUCAACCAAAAAUAAAACCAAAACCAAACAGCAAACGAUUACUGUUCCAUUGGAUUUUGAAACUGUCAGCAUUGAAAAUUAUCUCCCUUAUGUUUGGUUGAGGAGGAGUCAUUCUUUUUGACCUGCUUGUCACUCUCUAUCACACACACACACACACGCACACACACACACAUUCUGUUACUCCCGCCCAAGCUUUUUCUCCCUUACUCAACUGUCUCAUUUCUUCUAUCUCCAUUAUUGUCUCAACAUUCCAACAUUUUUUCCUGUUAUUUUUCCCAUCAUUCACUCCAAUAUUCAAAUACGUUGCAAUUACUAAUUGUCGCGAGCAGCCUCAAUCAAAGACAUACUCCCAGACAAAAACGUCCUAUAAAAAUGCACCAGUAAUAAGACAUUGUUCAGCCGUCAUUAGUAACCAUUAGUGACAAAGAAAAACAAAAUCCAGCUUUUUCUCUCACCGGAUAGAAGCCAUCAGGAAAGAGUGAACUUAUUUUGUUCAUUUUAUCAAGUCGGGAAAUAAUAAUAACAAUAAUUAUAACAAUUAAAAUUAUAAUUAUAAAUGUAUGUAUAAUAAUGACAACAAACAUUACAGCAGAGACUGUUUAUAAAGAAUUUCAGUGUAUCAAUUAACAUCGAUUCAUUCUCCUAAUAUAAAUAAACAAAUAUCAAACUCCGAUUGCAUAUUAUUCAGGCGAUGAACAAAAUGAAAACACGAAAAUAUGAGAAAAAAAAAAUACAAAAAACAUAAUCCUAUACACAAGAACAUGUCUAUAAAAUCCUGUACAUCCAUCCAUAUGUGUGCAUGUGUGCGUGCGUGUGUGUGUGUAUGUAUGUAU